AUGGCGCAAAUAAUUACCAUAUCAAAUAGGUACUAAUAUCAUUCUGAUGGAUGUUUAUAUGAGUAAGGAAAUAUGAAAAUCUUUUUAGGCAAUGAUACUCAAUUAAAAUAAGAUGUUACCAUUAAAGUACUUGAAUUUGGAGCUAGCAGUCUAGGUAAUGUAGAUGUUAGAGCCUAAAUAGCAAAUUACAGACUUCUUAAGGGUAGUACAUGUGAAAAUAUUAUGGAAAUUAAGGAAAUUAUAGAAUCUGAUUCAAAAGCAUUUAUAAUAGGAGAAUGGUGUGAAAGAGGUUCACUUAAACCUUAUAUAAAAAAUGGUUUUUUGGAUGAGAAAGAUGCUUUACUCAUUUUCAAGUAAAUAGUUAAUGGAUUGAAGGAGUAUCAUGAUAAAGGUAUUACUCAUGGUUUUGUUUAGUUAAAUAAUAUUCUUGUGGCUAAUGGUUAUUUCAAAUUGAGUAAUUUUGCUGAAGGUAAUGAAGACCGUUAUCUUGCUCCAGAAGUCAGUUCUCCAGAUAAAAAAACUAAAAAAUCAGAUAUUUGGUCACUUGGUAUUCUUUUAUUCUUGCUUUUAAAAGGAGAUUUCCCUUUCUAAAGUGGAUAAGAUAUCUUAGGUGCUAUCAAAAGCUUAAAGUUUGUCUUCGAUGAAAAGUCUAGUAAUUAAGAAUCUUUUGUUUUCCCUGUUACGAUUUCUAAGCGUUGUCAGUAAUUCAUAAGUCGUAUGCUCUCUGUCAACCCCAGUGAACGUCCAAGCUUACAAGAUUUACUUCGUAACUCUAUUUUAGACUCAGUAAAAAUAACUUAUACAGCUAGCUAAAGAUAGACUACCUCUCAGCGUAUUUUGACUGAUAGAUAUAUGCCUAAAUACACAAUAUUUUUAGAAUCAGCUGAAAAGAAUGACAUAAAUGGUCUUCUCGAAAACGAAAUUGUCUAUUUUGGUCUAUGCUAAGAGGCGAAGAUGUUCGUUAAAAUUAAGUAAAUGACUUUAAACGAGGAAAGGUCCAAAUAUUAUUUACCUAAACUUAAUGCCUUUGCUCAAAUUAAUAACCCUGGUUGUGUUAAAGUUUAUGAUCUUGGGUAAAAUUAGAAAGGAAAUUCUCUGAUACUUUUUGAGGAAUAUGCAAAUUAAGGUAGCUUAAAUGAUUUUCUAAUGAAGCGUAAAGCUGCUAAUCUUACACGUUCAGAGUAGGAAGGAGAAUUAGCUAUGCGUCGUUUACUAUAAACAAUGACAAUUAUUUAAAAAUAAAUAGGUUAUCAUGGUUCAAUUCAUAUUAAAAAUGUAUUUGUCCACAAUGGAAAUUUAAAAAUAGGAGAACCUCUAAAUCUCUCUUAAAAUGCAGAGGUAUUACUAAGCCAAUAGCACUAAUAAAUGGAUUUCUUUGCACCUGAGUAUAAAAGAGAUUUAGUAGAAUAAGACCCAAAUGCCAAACUAGAUAAAGCAGAUGUAUGGUCAUACGGUAUGCUCUAUUACACAAUUCUUUAUGGAGACUUGCAGUUUGACUAAUUUAAAAACCCUAAAUUCCCUGACUAAGCCUCAAGAAAAAAUUAAUACGCAAUUCAAUAGUGUUUAUAAGGUGAUUUAAAUGCUCGUAGUGAUUGGUAACAAGUUUAGUAGAACUUAGAUUUGGAUGAGAAUAAUGUCCCUCGCUAUAAAUAAGUUGUAGUUUAAAGAUAAGAACCUCCACCAUUAUAAUAAUACAUCCCUGUUAGAGCUCCUACUCCUUAGAUUACAAGAGAAAUGACUCCUAUACAACCUGCUUACAUUAUUAGACCUUAAACUCCUGUAAAUUUUGACAUUCCUCAUGAAGAAGAUCCUGAAUUGCACCUUAUUCCAGUUAAACCUACUGGUGGAGAAAGACUAAGAAAAGUUAAGUAGUUUGUCAAAGCAAUAUUUUGUAUUACUCUGCUCUUAACAGUAUUCUUUAGAUUAGCAUUAGUUAAUUGUUGGGAUAUGAUUGGUAGCAGAUAUAAUAUGAAGAGACUCGAUUUUAGUAUACUAAAUCCAAAAAAUACUAACGAAUUAUUAAAUCUAUCAAUUAUCACAGAUAAUCCAAAUUAUUACAAAUAUGGAACAAACCCAUCAGCGUAGCUUACUUAAGGUUAGUGCCUAAAUAAUUUCUUUGAUCCAGACUGGCCAAAUUAUUAACUGAUUGAUUAUAUUCAUUCUGCAGGCUUUUUUUGUUGGGCUUUUUUCUGUUUUAUAACUAUGAUUUUUACUUGUAUUUUUAAAGCUAUACAUAUGGCUAAAUUAGAUCAAUAUACAGUUUAUAUUAAUUGGUAGACAAAUUUACUAGCUCCUUAUAACAAGUAUUUAAUGGCAUGCUAAGUUUGGUCUCAUUUUGAUUUCGCUUUCCUCUAUUAUGUCCAUUACCAUCUAUUUAGUUUCUUUUACUAUACAUAAACUAGCCCCUGCUUGGGAGUAACUAUGAAUUAAGGAGUAUAAAUGUUAUUUGAUUCAACCAUUUACUUAUUUAAAGGCUAAAAUACUAAUUAUUUAACUAAUUAUUUAUUUACUUUGGGUUUGUUUGGUUAUAUUAUUUGCAUAGGACUCUUUUUCUAUAUUCGCCACCCAAUAAAAACGUCUGGAAUUUUCACAAACUACAUUUAUCUAGGAUUUAGAAUCGUAACCUAUAUAAUUAUCAUUUUAGUUUGUCGUUUUGGUGCUCUUGCUCCUUUUUAACCUUAAGUCUUUAAUGAUCCUCAUAGUAUAAUCUCUUCAGCUUUCUCUAAUGGUGAAUUUAUGGCAGUUAUUGGAUUUAUUCCAGAAAUAAUGGAAAUAUUUUUGAUCCUACUUGAUCUACUUAUAGAAGGUGUAUUCUAUUUUAUUGGUUAAAAUAAUCCUGAAACUGAACCUUAUGAUAACUAACAUUUACCUUAUAGAUUCUAAAAUGACUAAUCGUAAUUAAUGGCUGAUAACACUCCUUACAAAUAUGAUAAUGUUGCCAAUAAUAGCUUACUUCCUUCUGUAAGAAACUCUGAAUUUUAAAAAAGACCACCUUUGACUGAAAAAAAUAUGAAUAAUGUGUUUACAAAUGGUUUACCAAAGCGUCGUGCUGACUAGCAUGUUAUUUGA